CGCGCCCCGCCGCCGUCCCCCUCGUGCCGGGCCCCGCCGAGGGGCAGGCGGCCAGCCCUCGCCCCCGCCGCCCGGCUGCGGCUGCCGCGCCCCUCGCCCCCCCGCCGCAGGGAAGGGGCAGCGGCGACUGCCAGGCGGCAGGAGAGGAGAGGAGAGGAGCCGCCGGCGGCUCGGGCAGCGCGCUGCGGCUGGGUCUCCGGGGAUGGACUGGGCUUCGCCCUCCGCCUCAGCCUGCCCGCGGAGAGGAGGGCGGUAACCAGCCGCCCAGCCCGCCGGGGAGGAGAGGCACCCCCGCCUGCGCUGCGGGGCGGCACGACCCUGUUCACGCCCGGUUAAAUGUCACCGCUCCCCGGCUGCUCCCCGCCGCCGCCCCGCGCGUCGCUCACCUCGAGAGGGGGCUGUGAAGGGGGCGGCAGAGGCAGCCCUGGCUGCGGCGCGCCCCGCCGCCGCUCGCCGUGAGGGAGCGCCCAGGCAGCCGCCAGAUUUUCACUAGUGCUGAAAGGACCAUCCUUGGCAUUGUGAGAACUGCGUGGGCUUUGCUAGCCAUUAGUCAGAACAGCGCGUACCCUAACAGAAGCCUGGAGUCCAAAGCCAUCUCACUCUGAACUUUGCAGUCUAUAGUAUCAACUCGAAGAAGAGUUCACUGGGUGUCAUAAACGAGCAGUGGAACUGGAAAACUUGGCAGCAAACUGUUUUCCUGCUUGUAUCUGUGAAACCUGGUUUGCAAGCUGUAUUAGCUGCAUUAAAGCAAGUACCUGUUUCUUGAGAUGACCUUGCUUCACUAAUAUCUGUGGUUUGUAACAAGCUACAGUAUUACAACUGAGAAAAAAAAAAUAAAAUGUAGAGGAAUGAAAACUUACCAGUAUUUGCUAAACACAGUCCAAACUCCAUGCAGUGGGUGCAGUGAUCGUCUCCAGGACUGGAACCCACUAAGUCUUAAGGCCCGUGACGGAGGGUUAGACCAGAUCAGUGGAGUCAUGUGUCACACAGCUGUAUCUUGCUGGCAGCCAUUCCUGGGUCUGGCUGUGCUGCUAGUCUUCAUGGGCCCCACCAUAGGCUGCCCAGCCCGCUGUGAAUGCUCGGCACAGAACAAGUCCGUCAGCUGUCACCGAAGGCGUCUGAUGUCCAUCCCAGAGGGCAUUCCCAUUGAGACCAAAAUCUUGGACCUCAGCAAAAACCGACUGAAAAGCGUCAACCCUGAGGAAUUCACGUCAUACCCUUUGCUGGAGGAGAUCGACCUCAGUGACAACAUAGUCGCCAAUGUGGAGCCUGGAGCCUUCAACAAUCUCUUCAACUUGCGCUCCCUGAGACUGAAAGGAAACCGUCUGAAGCUGGUCCCCCUUGGGGUGUUCACUGGGUUGUCAAACUUAACAAAGCUUGAUAUAAGUGAAAACAAGAUUGUUAUUUUGCUGGACUAUAUGUUCCAAGAUUUGCAUAACCUAAAAUCCCUGGAGGUUGGGGACAAUGAUUUGGUUUAUAUAUCACACAGGGCCUUUAGCGGACUGCUUAGCCUGGAGCAGCUCACCCUGGAGAGAUGCAACCUCACAGCUGUACCAACAGAAGCUCUUUCUCACCUCCACAACCUCAUCAGUCUGCAUCUGAAACAGCUCAAUAUUAAUGCUUUGCCUGCCUAUGCCUUUAAAAGACUGUUUCGCCUGAAAGACCUAGAGAUAGAGGCCUGGCCCCUCCUGGACAUGCUACCUGCCAACAGCCUAUAUGGUCUCAACCUGACUUCUUUGUCCAUCACCAACACCAACCUGUCUGCAGUACCUUACUCUGCUUUUAAACAUCUGGUUUACCUGACACAUCUAAACCUCUCUUACAACCCUAUCAGCACCAUUGAAGCAGGCAUGCUUUCAGAUUUAGUGCGCCUGCAGGAACUCCACAUGGUGGGGGCCCAGCUACAUACCAUUGAAUCACAUGCUUUCCAAGGGCUCCGAUUCUUACGUGUGCUUAAUGUGUCUCAAAACCUGCUAGAAACCCUAGAAGAGAAUGUAUUCCAUUCCCCCAAAAGCCUUGAGGUCCUCUGCAUUAACAACAAUCCUCUGGCCUGUGACUGCCGUCUCCUUUGGAUCUUACAGAGGCAACCUACUUUGCAGUUUGGAGGCCAGCCACCAAUGUGUGCUGGCCCAGACAGUGUCAAAGAGAGGUCAUUCAAAGACUUUCAUAGUACAGCUCUUUCCUUUUACUUCACCUGUAAGAAGCCCAAGAUACAAGACAAGAAGUUGCAAUACCUGGUAGUGGAGGAAGGGCAGACGGUGCAGUUGAUGUGCAAUGCUGAUGGGGAUCCGCAGCCUACCAUAUCCUGGGUUACCCCACGUCGGAGGCUGAUCACAACUAAAUCAAAUGGAAGAGCCACUGUGCUGGGCGAUGGCACUCUGGAGAUCCGAUUUGCUCAAGAUCAGGACACUGGGAUCUAUGUUUGUAUUGCAAGUAACGCAGCUGGGAAUGACACUUAUUCAGCCUCUCUUACGGUAAAAGGGUUUACUUCAGACCGUUUCCUUUACGCCAACAGGACCCCUAUGUAUAUGACAGACUCCAACGACACAAGUUCCAAUGGAACUAAUGUGAACACCUUCUCUCUGGACCUUAAGACAAUAUUGGUGUCCACAGCUAUGGGCUGUUUCACAUUCCUUGGAGUGGUUUUAUUUUGUUUCCUCCUUCUUUUUGUGUGGAGCCGAGGGAAAGGCAAACACAAAACCAGCAUUGACCUUGAAUAUGUCCCUCGCAAAAACAAUGGUGCUGUGGUUGAAGGGGAGGUUGCUGGACCACGAAGGUUCAAUAUGAAAAUGAUUUGAUGAUAUUCUGCUAGCAGUGCUUUUUCUGUGGCAUUAAAACCAAUUAAACCAGCCUGGCAUGUGGAAUUGCUAGGCAGAAGCAGCUUAAUGCAGCUGUCACUGUAUCAAAAGGUUACAUGAAAAUGGAAAGACUAUUUGUGGUUAUACAGCAGAGCCUCCAGACCUUGAGGCAGAUAUGUCAGGGCCUUUCAUAGAACUGGUAAAUUGUACUAACUGUUUGCAUUGCAAAUAUUGGCAUUCUGGGGAUAUCAGCAAUGAACCGCUGGCUCAUGCUCAUGGACAAUUGUUCAACAUUUUCUACCACUACAAAAAGAAAAAGAAAAAGAAAAAGAAAAAGAAAAAAAAAAGCCUACAGUGUAGGAUUUACAUACUUAAAAGAAAAAGGCACAUUUGUCUAAAACAUACUCUACAGUGAAAUUUGUAUCUAUAGAUCUCAUUUGGUAAAACCUUGCAUCAUCCCUUCUAGUUGGUUCAACACCACAAAAAAUUGGUAGGUUUUUUUUUUUUUUAAUCUGCAUCUAUACUGUGUACAUUUUAAAGCAAUACAAAUGAGAGGUUGUGCUUUUAGAUAUCCACCAAUACUGACCCAAGUGUGAUGUCACCCUCCUUUUAACUACCAUCUAACCCAAAUUAGACUCUUGUAGUUACCAAUUAGAAAUAACAUAUUUUUCUCCUCAUGUAGAAGGCCAGAGAUUAAUAGUUGAGAGCAAAAACGCUCAGCUCUGUUGAUCUUCUCUUCAUAUAAAUAUAAGGCUUGUGCCUAGUUUUGAUACAGAAUGGAAUAUUUUUUAUAUCUGUGAUAUCACACUGGACCAGUUUACUGUAACAUAGCCCUGGAUCUCACCCAGGGAAGGCAACCCACUAGACAUUGCUGGCAUAGAGGAGUUGAGUUCUACCUUGAAGAGAGAGAGCUGCUUUUGUUUGCCCUGAUUUUAAUUUCAAAGCUACUGUUAAAAUGUUAAUGUGUACUGGGCAAAAAGAAAGAACGGAAUACAUUUUGCAUACUGCUUGGGAAAUAUGUUCAUCUUACUAUUUAUACAAGUGAAUUAAAACAUACAAAUGCUCUGCUACUAGGAAUGAACUCUUCUCCAAUGCCAGGUAAACUAGGGUUGUCCAUGCAUAAUAUGGGGAUUAUAAUACUAAAAUAAUGUUUAAAACAUGGUAGCCUCAGAAAGGCUAACAUACUGCCAGAUAUAAUGAACCUCUAGCCGCUGUCAUUCUCAUCUUGUAUAUUUGUAGAUAACGCAAAAAGCUAAUUUCCAAGAACAGAUUACUUAGUUAUUCUUGAUGCCAUUUUAAUAACUAUGUGGUUAUGUUUCUUUCAGGGGCAGUAUCUUAGAGCAAAAGGGGCAAGUUUUUCCAGGUUUUAGGAAGCUUUUUUAAUGGAGAGAAGACAGAAGUGGAAUGUUAGUUCAGUACAAGUACCCUUUUUUGUUUUAUGCCUCUAAAUAAAUCCUCAGAAGGCUCAGAACUGAAACUUUGUUAUUUAUCAUUGAUACCACUGUUCUUAUUUUGAAAUUCUCAGCAAUGGGAAGAUACAGAGUUGUUCAGCCACCUCGCAAUUUUCCAGCAAUUACGAGCCAUAGGUUUUUUGCUAAGUGGUUGAAAACAAAUACGAUUUAUGAAUAAUUGGCAUAACCUCGAGUAAGGAUAACAGUGACUAUAUACGUGUUUAGCCAAAAAGAAUAUGAAAAUAUUUUAAGACAGAACAUUCAGAAUAAUGUGGUUUAACAGCCUGUGUCCAAUCUAAAAAUUAGGUUUCAGCACUUUGAAACCAAAGUCAGGCUGACCUAUAAUGGGAUGCAGGUGCUUCUAAAAUUAGUAUCCACAUUCUUUAACAGAGAUUUUCUAAGUAGGAUAAAAAUCUCCCAUUCCUAUCAAGGGAAAUGUGCCAAAAGUUGUAAAAUCCAGCUGCGUUCCCCAGGUGUACCCCUAACAUAGCUGUAGGACCCAAGGCUAGGCAGUUUUGAGAAUCUCUUUUCUUAGUGGUUGAACUUUGGUUGCAUUGUUGCUCCAUUUUAGGUCUCCAAACUGAGGAGGAUGCAAGGGUUAUUAGAAUUUUCUUCACUUUAGUUCGUUUUAAGUUUAGAGUUGGGUUUUCUUACAUCCCUUUUUUUUAUGCUCUGAACUAGAUAGUUGGAGAUUUAUGGAGAUGCUUGAGACUAACCCUCUUUGUUCUAUGACAGUUUGUAGAACACUAAUAAAAUGGAAUAAACCCUGACUAAAUUCUAACACCAGGGAAAUUAUUUUUGCUGAUAAAAUAACCACCGCACUGAAGUCCAAAACUCUACUGUACCUUAAUGUGGGCAGUUAAAGAAACAAAUGGGGAUAAAACAAAGUGUUUCUGAACUGCCCAUUGAAGACAUUUGCAUGUGCCUUUCCCUUGUAAUUGUCAUUUUUUUUUCAACUAGUAAUCUAUCGCCCCUGCAGUCAUUUCAUGUUAAAUGUUAAAAUCAAUGUUAGAAGCAAAAAUUGUCCUAAAUUCUAGACAGUUGCAGCUGAUUGCUUCAUAUCAAAUGACACACUAAAAAAAAAAAAAAAAAAAAAAAAAAAAAACCAAACUAAAAAAAAACUAGAAAAAAUGUGCUUUUAGGAUUAAUUAUGAAUUGCUGAAUUCCCUAUUCCCUUAGAAUGACUCUAAAAAGUGAUUGCAUUGUUAGUGCACUGCAAGGAUUUCUGAGCAGUAAUGUGCUUAGUUACCUAUGUGAAAUGUGUGCUGGUGAUGAAAAUCACCGCUUGCUCUUGCUGAGCACCACCUUGCAGAGCUGUCAGCGUUGUGUGUAUCGCCUUGAGUUCAGUCAGUAUUCAGUUUUUAAGAAUCAGUGUUUGCUCCCUGCCUCUAGCAAUGUUCUACUUUUUGCAGCCUACUUAUUUCACUGUGGACUUGGCAAAGCAUAUGGCAUCUCUUAACAGAAGUGAGUACAGCAAGACUCAGAGACAAGUUUUUAUCUUGCUCCACAUAGUCUUCUUUAUAUGUAUUCAUGGGACACAUGCUCACUGUGGCUGGUUUGGGUGAAUAAGGAAUACAGUGUCAGGGUCAGACCUAGGUAACCACCUUUUUGGCAAUUCUUUUAAGAACAGAGUGGCUGAAUGCCUACCCAGCCUCUUGAAGGAGCCACUUCUCUGCUAGAGAUCAAGGACAUGCCACAGUUUAUCUUACUGCUGGGGAAAAAACGGACUGGGCUGUGAGAAGGCAUCUGACACCCAUGGCUCCCCAUAUAUUCAGAAACAGGUGGACUGUGCGUACCUGCCACUAAAAGUGGGAAUAAAGGUUUUUCUCCUACCUCUGACUUGUAUACUGGCUGCCCCUGACACUGGCACAAGGCCAAGCCUGAAUCUACUUGUCAGUCAGUGCAACAAGACUGAGGAGCAGCAAUAGUUCUGCAGAAAAGGAGAAAACUGAAAAUGUCAAAAACAACAGAGCAACUUGAGAAAGCAGGUACCACAGUAUCCUUGUCAAUAAUUCCUGUAAGAGCAGUGCUGAGCCUCCCACAAAUACGUUUUGAAGUUCACUUCCACAGACCAGUACUCCUCUUUCAUAACAGAUGGAGGAGGUACAAGUGCUCAGACUUUCCACGAGUAAGUUAGAGAGGACACUGCAGCAAUGUAUUAAAAGAGUUUGCAAUGAUAUGAGGAUGGAUUAAGACUAAGCAAUGCCCCACCUCAGCCCUAUUUUUAGGUUUUGAGCUGGUUCUCUUUUUUUUUUCCCCUUCUUCCUUUAUAAUUAACUUGGCAGCAUUCUUUUCAAAAGGGCUUCACCCACAUCAGCUCAGUUAGAUUCAGACUGGGAGACUGCUUUUACCCUCUGUUCCCCUCUCCUCACCAUUCACACAUGCUCCCAGUGCCAACAGGGUCAACAGCUCCAGAUACAAUUGAAAUCAGCGAGGACACUCUGAACCCCUAGAGAACUGUUGAUGAUACAAGCUAAUGUCACUAGGUAUUUUUUUAACCAAACUUUUUAUUUAAUUAAGUUGACAUCAUUGUCACUGCCAUUCAAGGAUUCCUUUAUUUACGUGAAUAACAACUAUCUUUUUUCCUGUAUUUCUUGCAUUGUGGUAUUGCAUCACCUAUGAUGAUAACAAUUAUGCCAACACAAAGAAAAUUAAGAAAGCAAGCCAUGCUACACCUUCAAUAGCACAAAUUGUAGUUGAGGCAUAUAAGACACAGUAAGAAGUCAGCAUUAAUAUUUAAUGGAAAGUCUUAUCUAAACCUUGUGAUAGAAUAAGAAACUGUUGUGGAGGAACUUUGGAAUGUAGGCCAUGUUGUGACUGAAUCACAUCAAAGAUACAUGGAAAUAGACUUUCCUACACUACGCCUAGAUGUCUGUUUUAGAUAUUGGAAUUUUCCCAAAAAACUUCCAGGGUGUGUGAAUGCCAGAAGCCCACAUUUAAUCCAUAAAAAGACAAAGCAUUAGCUGAAAAUCCAGUAAAGCAAGAGGCUUCUGGCUGCCUAAGGACAACAGCAGCUUCUAGCAAAGACAGCCAAGAAACUGCAGUCAUAUUGUUACUUUGCCUUAUCUGCUACUGUAUCCUGUGAAAAAAGGUCCAUUAGCCAGUAAUAAAAUGGACAAUCCUUACUCAUUUUUCUUCAAAGAGGGCAACAUUCACAUAAAUAAGCUGCAGUCUGUUCCACCUCCGUCCCCAGCAGUAAAACAGCCAGCAAGAAGUGAGGAAGGGGAAGCCUAUUCUGGCCUGUUUGCUAAUUAACUUUUGCCCCUGAAUCAUGCUAGUUUACCUGGGACUAGCAUGAUGACUGCUGUGUUCAUUCCCAUCCUCUCAGCCCACAAUGUAACUUAACAUGGAGUAGCAGGGAAAGGACCACAUGGUCAAGCUGUCCCUUCUCCCUGAACUGUAACUCUGGUCUUCUCAAAUAAAAGAACACGCGCAGCACCGGUAUCUUAGAAAUCACAGUGUGCUGCAGCUGAUCUGUAGUUUUGCCAUAAGACAACAUGAGGGAAAACACUGGAUACAUGCUUUCUGACCUCAUUUCAGUAUCCUAGGUGGUUGCUCUUUGUGCCAAAAAGAACUAGGAAAGAAGAACUAAAAAAACUUCCAUCCAAUAAUUUAAAACUUAACUGUGCCUGGAGGAGUUAAAGGAACAUCUUUGGAAAAGGCAAAGGGCCUGAUUGCUGGAGAAUCGCUGAAACAAUGAAUGAAAUUUUUCAUGUUAGCUAAGCAAUUUGGAUGUCCUGUUCCUAUCACCUGUAAUUAGAAUCACAAACUCAAUUUCCCUUGGCAGCUUAGAAGAAUCACAUCUAUUUGGUUCAGUGAUACAUGCUGCCUUUAUCUGUCUCCUAGCUCUGCCCUCUUCCCCUCUCAGUUUCAAAUGACUGUGAUGCCAAAUGAAGAUCUCUGGAUUCGGUUUAAUUUCACUGCAUGUUCACGUGGCUUUUGGAAUGUAGAUCUCAAAGCAGGAUCUUAAACCCUCUUCAAGCCAAAAAUAAAAAUAAAAAAGGAAGAAGAAGCUUGAGUAAACCUCCUCCUGCAAAUGAAAUAAACCAGCUUCUGUGAGGUUCUUGCUACUGAGAUAGCUACAUGCCAAAAGCAAUCUCCAGGUUGAAUGAGAUUGAGUCUUUUUUUUUUUUUUUUUCACUAAAAGCAGGUGGUUGGAUAUAAGGCCAGCUGGAAAUAAAAAUCUGUACUUACAGCCUCAGCAGAAUAAGGAAAGAGCUGGCAUAGUCAGGAAAAUGUUCCAUGUUAUUUCAACUUAAAUUUAAGGAUACUUUACCAUUCAUAUUCAAAUAGCUCAUAGAAGAGUACAAAAGAGCAGACUUUCACCUCAUAAUUUGAUUAUUUGUAUUUAUUUAAACUGAUACGAAAAUUGUCAUGAAGCAGAAGUGUUGAAGCAAGAGAAUGAAAACAGAUUUUUCUACUCUAGUCAGGCAAUAUAAAUCAGGAGAAAUCCACUUGACACCAUUCUGUUACUCCUUGGUUACACUAGAAAUUUGAUAAACAAAUGUAGGUUUUUUGCUUUCUACUAAGUGGGCUAUAGCAGAAAAUAAGCAGAACUUACUUUUUAAUUCUUUCUCAUCUUGUGGCAUACCUUCUGUACUCAACUGCUUUAACAUUUACCACCGCUAACUGAGCUGGAGAAUAUGAAAAUGUAGUUUUGGGGAAAAAAGAAAAAAAAAGGUAAAAGAAAAAGAAAAUCUGUAACCUUAAAGAAGUCUGCCCAUUUUUAUGUAUGGUAUUUGCAAGUCAACAAUGUUAUCUCCUCACACAUAAGCCGAGAACUAUGACUUGAAAUUUCAAGGCAGCUGUGAAGAUGGUUGUCAACUUGUACACAUGUUAAUAAUUUUGAUCUUUCAGAAAACAAAAUUUUAUUGCUUCUUAAAGAAUUCAUUUAUGCCAUUUUGAUACCUAAAAGCAAAUGACACUUUGACUUCAUUACACUAGGCACUGUAUAAGUAGGAAGUAAAUGACAACCCUGAUCUGGUGAGCUUACAGCCAUAUAGUAGGAAGUUGGCUUCUGGGCAAGUACAUAUGAUAGCAAGUCUCUCAUUGUUUGGGGAGGGAAUGCCAUAGUGCAUAUAUAUUAAAAUAUCAUCACACUUACUGAAAUCUAUUUGCAAGCACAUGUAGUUCAUAUGUAUAUGUUUGUGUGUGCAAAAAAAAGAGUUAUAUUUGUUUUGUUCUUUUCUUACUUCAAGUAUUAAAUGUAUAUUGUUUUUAAAAGGUGACAAGGUUAACAAGAAAAAAUGUGUUGUAAUUUAUUUUAAUAUAUAUAAUCAUGAGUAUGGAUGGGAAAUGAAACAGCCUUCCUGUUAUGAUCCAUGAAGCACAUGACAAGUUGGGUUUGUCCAUAAGUUUGCUUCAUGUUUAAGAAAAAUAUGCUAAUAUAAUGGAAAAAAAAAAAAAAAGAAAAAAAAAAAAAGCUUUGUUUGUCAAGACAGUUGUCCUGAAUGUCAUUUUAAAAGUUAUUUUAGGGCUUAUGUCAUGAUGUAUAUCAUACCUAUCCAAAAUGAAACCCAAAUAAAUAAUUCCAUGGAGUGGCAAAAUUUACUGGAAAAAGUGAAGAAAAUUUACAUUCCUUCCCUUAUUGUAGCUGAUCACUUUUUUUCCAAGGGGUAGUGGAGGAAACUAAGAUGACAGAAAUACAGUUUUCUUAGCACCACACCCAAGGUCCUUAGUGCCAAGUCUUCACAACAGGUAAUCUGCUCAGACCCACCACUCUUGAACUGAGAAUAUAAACUAUUAGAGUUAGAAAGAGAAGAUUCUAUCAGGUAUUUUUCAUCUACUCACUUUCACUCCCCCUUCAUUGCAUGGAGUGCUCAGACACAGAGAAAAACCUAGGUCACUUUCAGAUGUGUUUUGAGAUUUAUUCUACAUGCAAAGUAUCAGUCAGCCUGUUCCUUCACUUUCACUUGCACAGUGUGUACAGGUAAUUGAUGGGGAUACCAAUGAGGCUAAUGCUGGAAGAAGAAAGCCUGCCACUUAAAAGCACCAUGGAGAGCACAGCAGAAAGAUAGAUUUCACCAGCUGUGUGUCAAUUGGAAGGCAACCAAUACUGAGAAUCUGCAUCUAAAACAUGGUUUCUAAGGAAAUCAUCAGUAUUCAAACUCCACUGUAACUGCACCAGAAAAAUUACGUGGUGGAAAGUAGAUUCUGUUGAGCUUGAAAGAUAUUCCAACACCCUGAGGCUUGCCACAAACCCCCUAUGGCAGAGAUCAGCUUUGAAGAAGGGCACAGGCCAUAACCUAAACUAUUGCUACUCCCAUUCUCCCACAGCUAGGUACUUUCACCAACAGAGAAUUUUGCUUAUACUUCCUGGGAUCAUCUGAAGCAAGAUUUAUCAGCCAUGAGCCCAUUAUCCUCUAAACCAGGGUCCUUUUCACUGGAAGGGGAAAACAAAUCUGUUUGGGGUUUUUUUGCUACCUCAGGAAAGGAAGAAGCAGGCUGAAAUCCUGCUGGAUUGCUGGGAGCAGAGACAGACAGGGGCUGAAUCUGAGCUCUCCUGUGCCGCCUGAAAUCUGACACCAUUCUGCAUUUGCAUUUGACACCUCCAAAAAGUUUUAGCUGACUUGCACCACUGUACCCUCCUCUGCAGCAGAAUGUUAAAUGCAAUGAAUCUGUGGGCUAAACUUAACUAUAGAUUAUGUUAAGAAUCUGCUUUAUUUUAAUGUUCUUUUAUUUUCCUUUAAUUUGGUAAACUGAUUGACAGUUUGCAGUGUACUGCUGUACUGCCUUCAGUAUGACAUGAAGAAAAACCAUGGCUCCUACCACUGCAUUUAGAACAUUGAGUUUGCAAAGAGCACCGAGUUUGUUUCCUCAAAACAUUCCUCUACCCUAAGUUUUACAUUUCUUUUAUGCAGUUCAAGCUACUUUUUUGGACCACCCAACACCAUCUCAAGAGGUGGAACCUCUUCCUAUAUCACAGGACCUAACAUGUCAUAUCCAAAUCCUACAGUAGAAGAAACUACUAGUUUUCUCCAUGAUAACUGGGUAAAGAAAAGCACCAUCACAUCAGGCAAACACUGACAAAUUCAUUAAAAUUAUCCACAUUAAGGCCAGGGUCUAAACAGAAAAAAAAAUGUGCUCUCCAGAGCUAUUUUCAUUAAAAAAUUGUAAUAUCUAUAGAUAACUCUUAACAGACAAACACCACUUCAGCUUUUAAAAAGCAUCCAAAAUUUUGUAGAGCAUAUUCCCUUUCAUAAAUUUUUGAGACUAUUUAUACUUUUACAGAUCUACUAUAGAAGAUUUUUCUCACAGUUAGUAGCCCUAUAUUGGAUACCACGGUAACCUUUAAAUAAACAAAUCUUGGCAUCCAAAGUUUAUUUUAAGAAAUGCCUGGGUUUAAUAUUUUUGUAUUUGAAAAGGGUGGUAGGAAAUGGGAAAUCACUCUAUUUAACAAUUAAUAAACUUAUUUCACAGAGGUUGAGUUAUUUCACAUGGGGGAAUACUCACAGGGAAUUUUCUGUAUCAUAAAAGCUUCCCACAUACAACUGUAGAUGACAUGCUGUAAAAAAAGGGCUUUAUUCAUCUCCUGUACUAUCUGGACUGGGGGAGAGGCUGGUAAUUCCUGCUGGGAAAGCAUGAAUAAAUCUGAAACUACCGGGUUAAGAAACACAGAGUUAUUGCAAAGGACCUGACCUUGUUGUCUACAGACUUGGCAGCAGGCUGGGAGGUUUGGUCUAAAUUCCUUCUUUCCUAGAUAUAGGAGAGUCCCUAUGGAAAGCCUUAUUUUGCCUCUGUUCUUAGAAGGAUGAGUUUCAAGCUUAGUAACUGAGGGGAAAUGUAAUACAGUAAGAAGUUAGUAAAAUACAGGAUUGGAUAGUAGACAAGAAAAGAAAUUAAAACUUGCAUAAAAAAUGAUAUGACACUCGUCCUUAGCACCUUGUCUAAGUAACUUUGAAAUUAUUGGGGUUUGCAGGAGCUGGUUUAUUAAUUAAUAGCUAGGGGAUACAUUCAGCUAGUUAAAGCUGUAAUCACCAGCUGGAAGAUCUUAUUUACCUCAUCAGUCCCUAAGUGGAAGUUAUAUUUUGAGCUAUUUUCCAAUAAUUUUGCUAUUUAUAUAACUCAAAAGCACAAGUGAUAGAGAGAACACUUAUUUUAUUAUAGGAAGAUAAUGAUAAUAAAUUGAAUCUAUUACAUUUGUUAUGAGAGCUCUUUGCUGUAUGUACAAAGACUAACAGAUGACAUCCAUUAUGUAAAGUAUUACUAUCACUGAAACCAAACAUCUCAUCCUAAAAAGCUACCGACCUUUGAUGCAUCUGUGCAGUGCAUCAGUGCUACUGCACUGCAGAUAAUACUUUGCUUUUACAUAGAACAGGCAUGCCAUGCAGCGCAGUUAGAGACAAUACAGCCCUCUGAUUUAUACAAAAGCUUGCAUUUUAAUGGGCCUUAUGGAAUCUUGUGUUGGCUUUCAUGAGUUUGGCAGACACUCCCAUUUUGCUGAAGGAUAUCAGAUCAGCACUGUGUGAUUUGGGGAAGGCAUAGCUGUUGGCUAUAGUAACACAAGCAGAAGGCUGGAACUCAGGAUUUCUGAGCUGUAAUCAAACCCCCUGGGCCUCUAACUCUCUGGAGAAUACAAUUAUAAUAUUUACCUUUCAAAAGGAAGAUUCUGCCAUUUCCCUAAGGACUGUAAAGCCAAAGAGUUACAGUUCAGCCAUCCCUGUGUGAGGAAUGAUAAUUUUAUAUGUAGAUUGGUAUGCAGUAGUAGGCAUUGUUAUCAAAGAAAACCUUUCUUUAAGAAAUGGAAUCCCUGCUGGCCAAAGUGCUCCAGAAGAUGAUGGCAAUGUGGUGACAGCCAUGGUUUGCCCUGUAGUCAGCAUUUCCAACAGCUGUAGAAUAGAUGGUCUUGCAUGUAGCAAGUAUAUGGCAGUAUAUGAAAGAAAAUUGUCAUGAAAGAUGCACACCAACUAGACUCUGUCUUUUUUGCAAUUCGGUGGUAUAUUGCAUGAAAGGACCUCUUAAUGCCUCAUUUAAUUAGUGCUUUUGCAAUGCUUGAAAAACAUGAUUCAUCUCCUAAAGAAUCUAUGAAGAUUUGUCUCUUUGGUUAUAGAUGAGAGAUGCCGAAAUGAAUACAAACCACACAUCAAUUGUCAGCUUGUCAAGUGUCACACCAAGCACUCAGACUACUAUUACUACAAAAACAUUUCCAUCUGGUCCUUCUACAAGACUACCAAAAAUAGGUCCCAUAGUUUCUCUACUCUCUAAUCAAAGUUUAUUGAAAGAAAGCUAGCAUUCCCACAGGUUCUCCAACUCCUUAAUAAAGUACCAAGUAUCCACUUUUCAAAUUUCUGCUGCCAACGUUUAUCAUAGGGAAUUUGCCUUGACACUCUCUUUACUCUAUUUGCCAUAACACUGAAUCAUGGCCAACCUCAUCUUCAUCUUUUAAUCAAGAUCGGUUUGCUUAUACAUGAGACAAACACUUGGAAUUUCCCCAUUCGCAGCUUCUGCUUUAGUACUGAAGGCAGAAGAAUUUGCUGUGAAUGUCAGUGAAGCACAUUUAACAGUUAAUGGCCAGUUACUGCCUCACAUCUAGCAGUCACUGGGAACUAUUUCUGAGGUACAGGCCUAUCUGGCAUGAUUUAAAAUAACAACUGGUCCUUGGGAACGAGAUUAACCAGCGUACGUUCAUUUUGCCAUUCAAGACCACCAGCAACUCAAGACACUGGAAGGUGUGUGUCCAAGUCAAUGAGAACUGAAAGGAGUACUUGCUGAAUGUGCAUCCUAUCUUAGAGAACUGCACACAAAAAGGCAUGUGAGAGAUCAAUUUGUCCUUUAAGGUUUAACAUAAUGAAGCAGAAACCCAAACUACUGCAAACAAGAAGAGAGUAUGCAUUAAAAAAACCACAAGCAUUUUGCUCUGGUGGGCUUUAUGGUUUAAGAAUGAAAAGUCAGAAAGAUGGAUAAGAGAUGUACUUCUUGAUGGGAAAAUUAUUUUCUCGGUGUGAUAAAAUGCUCCUCCAGAUCCUGUCUUAACACAAGGAUUCUCCUCUCUCCUUGUUCAAAAAGGAAAGCUACAAACCACCUCACAUCAUUACAAAUACUUUCUUAAAAUGCAGUGUUCUGAUCAAAAGAUCAACCCUUCCUGGGUUUUCAACAGCUAUUGUAAUUGUUUUUCAUAAAAAUUGACUUUAAUUGUAACACUGUUCUGCUACAGCCUUAUUAUCUGUGUCCUGCUGAACUGUCAGUUACUUAAAUGAAGAAAUAAAAGCUCAAAAGCA